AUGUGGAUCCAUGAAUGGUGUCAUAUUAGUCGAGAUUUUACGCAGUUUUUCAUGGGUGUUGCUCAGAUAUGUCCUAAAUUGUUAUCAACGAUUGGUAUGCUAAUGGUACCAUUUCUGGUAAACUGGCUGGCUCCACGAAAUACUGUCCAGGAAUGGCGUCUGGUCGUGCUCAUAAGCUGUUGCCCACGUCGUAGCCGAUAUUAUGUUAUGCACGCUAUACAGUGA